ACCAUGAAGUCCCUCACCCUCCUCUCCCUCCUCGGCACGACCGCCCAAGCCUUCCCAUGGGUCCAAAAUGUCCCCGGCGUGGACAACUCCAUGCUCUCCUCUCUCAAUCGGCGACAGCAAAAUCCUGCACCAGGUCCCGGCUCCGCUCAAACCUGCCCUUUCAACCCAAACCAUGUCAACGCUCCCGAGGUGACAGACCAAUUCCCCUACAACAACGCCAGAAAAGGUGGACGGGGAAACGAAAAGGGCGGCUACCUUGUCCCAGCUCCCUUCGACAACGUGCAUCGCUACAUCCCUCCGACAGCACGAGACAUUCGCGGCCCCUGCCCCGGCCUCAACGUCGCCGCAAACCACGGCUUCCUCGCCCGCGACGGCAUAACCACCUUCGCCGAGCUCGUCAACGCCCAACAAAACAUCUACAACGUCGGCUACGACCUCUCCCUCCUCCUCGCCUUCCUCGGCCUGCAAGCCGACGGAGACCUCGUAACAACCAAACUCUCCAUCGGCUGCGACGCCACAACCCGCACCUCCAUCGCGCCCUUACUCACCGGCUCACAACCCGGUCUUGCCGGCCACAACAAAUUCGAAGGCGACACCUCCCUCACCCGCAACGACUUCUUCACCGGCGGCGGCGACAACUUCUCUUUCAACCGCACCCUGUUCGACAUGAUGUCGUCCACCACAGGCGGGAAUUUCAACCGCGAAAACCUCGCGGUCUACCGCAAACAGCGCUACGACCAGUCCGUCGCGGAAAACGCCAACUUCUUCUUCGGACCCCUCGCGCUCCUCCUCUUCGGCGCCGCCUCGUUCCUCUACGAACUCAUGCCAUCGGGAUCGAGGAACUACGCUCCCGACCAGGAAACCAUGAAUUCCUUCUUCAUCGACGAACGCUUGCCGUCCAACUGGAUCAACCGCGUCGAACCCUACUCCAACGGCGACGUCGUCCGGGAGAUUCUGGCCAUGUACCUCGAAGCGCCCGUUCUCUUCGGUGGCAACACCGCUCAAGGGAAGUUUUUGGGCCUCGACUUCGGCGCGAUCAAGGAGGGGAAGUUGGACGCGGGGAUUGAGGGGCCGGCGUUGACGUGUUUGCUGUAUCAGCUUGCGUUGGGGAAUGUGCCGAGUACGUUGAAUGGAGUCGUGACGCCGGUGGUUGAGACUUUAAGUGGAGUGUUUUCGGUCGUGAGCAAGGAGUUUGCGAAUUUGGGGUGUGCUAGGCCGGUGACGAAGUAG